UAUUUUCCUUUUUUAAUUUCUUAGUAUCGACGUAAUUUUGAUCUAAUUUCGUAUUUUAAUUGUGUCUUCUAGUCCCUUGUAGCCCGUGAGACGCCACAAGAAACCGUCACGAGGAAUUUGAAUCGACCGGUUCAUGAGUUUCCCUCGAGUUGAAUCAAAACCAUGGAUACAAAAAUUUAUUGUUAAGUUACAACAUUAAUUAUCAUACAAGAGAAUUUGAGCUUUUCGCUGGUUCGUUUACAUAUUAUCUUUCUUGGAGAUAUUUUUUCUUGAAGGUCCAACAAAAGUGGUUGUAAUUUUUUUGGGGAUUUUCAAUCAAAGGUGUGGUGGUGAUUGUGGUAAAGAGGAGAAAAGAACAAAAAAAAACGAAAGAGAGAAAAGAACAUAAUGGAAAUAAUCAAGAAACCAACCAUUUUGUGUAGUAAUUAUGAAGUUUUGAACAUAUUGAAGGAGGUAAAGGAGAGUAAAAAACAUAAGGAUCAGAAAAACUUGGCCACGGUGACAUAUGAGGCGCUUAAAUAUUUGGAGGAGACCAAUGUUUGUGUCUAUCAAAGUGAGGAUACAAUAAGAGCUUUUUUACUUGCUAUCAAAGCAAAAGGUAUACGACUUACUAAAGCCGAGAAAUUACAGUUAAUUAACAAUCGACCGGCUACUUUGGUAGAACUUCAAUUAUUAAUUGAGGAAAAUGAGGAGCGAUUCAGUGAAGAAGCGCUUAACUUGAUUCUGAACUUGGUUCAAGAGUAUCUUCCAGGAGAUCCUAAUCAAGAGACAGCUGAGAUGCCAAGUGAUGAUGAAGAGGAACAAAAUGGAGGAGGAGGAGUAGGAGGAGAAGGUGAAGAGGAGGAGGAGGAUGAUGACGAUGACGAUGAUGAUGAUGAUGAUGAUGAUCAUGUUGAACAAGAGAAGGAGGGUGGUGAUCAUGUGGUAAAGGUGAAACAGGAGGUGGAAGACGAAGAGGAUAAAGAAAUUCCUAUGGAUUCAAGUUGAUUGGUUUUCUGUCUUAUGGAUUGCUAAAUGAUGAGAUUAAUGUACAAUGAUAUAAAAAAAAUUGUAUAAUAUCAUCUUACUUGUUGCACAUAAUGAUUGCUUUUGUUAAGAUUUUUUUUUGUCAAAAUGUUUUAUAAAUAGAAUAAAAAAAAGUUAUCAAACCCCUUUUUU